AUGACUAUGUUUUCUGAGUUUGGUUCUUUCAUACAAAAACCCGAUGAGAAGUUGGAUCAGACGUUCAAUCACUUCAACCACUUGCUAAGCAGAAUGCUUAAAUAUAAUCUUGAGCAACGUGUUAUUAAACAGAAAGUCACGUUCAUGAAUGGUCUUAGAUUUUAUGAAGAGGAAGUAACAAAGGAAGUAAAGCUUGUUUCAAGCAUGGGAUCCUUAGCAUUAGUUGCAAAGGAAAUGAAGUCAGCAGAAGAAGAUUCUGAAUCUAAAAUUUUGGAAAGCGAAAUCUCAAAAGAUGACAAGGCUCUUUUGGUAUCCAAUCCCAAGAAGUUCUAUAAGAAGAAUUUCUCCCGUUACAAAAACAAUUUCAGGAAUGAUGAUGAGAAAAAGGAAAAGAAGUUGUUGGGUGAUUCACGUUAUGAUUGUAAUUACUGUGAUGGCAAGAAUCACUUUGCGAAGGAAUGUAUGUUAAGGAAGCAAAAUGUGAAAAGUGUAAAAGAAAAUGACAAAGUCUAUUAUGUUCAGAAGAUAGAGGAGCUUAGGAAAAAGAAUGCAUCAAAUGCGAAUCCAGCGUUGGUCGUACAAGAAGGCAGUGAUGAUGAUGGACGAGUUGAGGUGUGGUCUACAGACUCGGAGGAUGAUGAGAACAGAGUUUCGGAACAAAGAGGGUAUGCUACUGACAGUGGUCAAACUUCUGAAAGUUGUUUUGCUGCGAAGUUGGUUUCAGAGCAAGUGAAAGAAUGUGAGAAAGUGGUUGAUAAGGUUAUGUGUGACGAACAGUACGAUUCGGAAUGGUAUAUUGAUAAUGGUUGUUCUUGUAUAGGACUGAAGGUUUCAUUUGAUGAAGAAGGCUCAAAGAUAAUUGAAAAGAAAUCUAAGGCAGUGCUUCUAGAGUCUAAAAGUAAGGGAGAGAUGUAUCCUCUGAAUCCGAAUCCAAUAAAAGGGAAGCCAUCUAUUUGCUUGCUUACAAAAGCAUCUUCGGAUGAUAGUUGGAUAUGGCACAAAAGGCUUUCUCAUCUGAACUUCAAGGAUAUAAACAAGCUUGUCAUUGGUGAUCAUGUUCGUGGUUUACAUAUUCUGAAGUUCGAUAAAAUGACCUGGGUGUUUUUUCUUAGACAAAAAUCAGAUGCAACUCCGAAGCUGAUAGAUUUCAUCAAGCAGGUUGAGCUACAAUUACGAAAGCCGUUUCGGAAAAUUCUUAGUGACAACGGUUCGGAAUUCAAAAAACAAGAAUUUGAAGAAUUCUUAACUAGCAAAGUGAUAGAUCAAAACUUUUCUUCGCCUUACACUCCACAUCAGAACGAUGUAGUUGAAAGACGAAACUGCUCUCUUUGUGAAGCUGCAAAGACGAUGUUAUCAUUUGUGAAUCUUCCUCGACACUAUUUCAACUACUUGUUUCACACCUAA